GAAAAAUUGAAAGUAAAAUCAUCAUGAAGUUUUUAAUUGUAAUUUUAUCGGCACUUAUUGCUGGUAUUUCAUCACAAAUUGUAGUACCAACUUAUCCUCUUGUUAAAUCAUUGCCAACUUGUGAUCUUGAAAAGUUAGUAGGAACUUGGUAUACAUGGUCAGCAAUUCCAAAUGGAUAUGAACCAAGUCAAAAAUGUAGUACCGUUGAAGUUGUUUUAAAUAAAGAAGGAGGUUUUUCAGCAACUGUUUCAUAUAUAAGUAUUCUAACUGGAAGUACAAAUAAAUUCAAUUUCUCUGCAUAUCCAAUUCAAGGAUCUCGAUCACAAUUUGAUUUAAAAUUCCAACCACUUGCACUUGAAAGAAACAGUGUUGGAAUUAUUUUAGAUACUGAUUAUAUUCACUUUUAUGUUCUCGAAAUGAUUCAAAUGGCCGAAGAUGGAAGUAUGUUGCAAUAUGCUUGGGUUCUAUCUAAAAAUGCUACACUCGAUGCACAAAGUUGUGAUCGUGCUGAUCAUGCUUUAGAACUUAACGGUAUCAGUAAAACAUCAUUGAAACGUGUAUCACGAUAUGGCUGUUCAUUAUACUAAGAUUAUUACUGUUUUAAAUAAUUAAUUCUACUCUUUAUACGAAUUCGCAUUAAAUAAUAUUAAUAAAUAAUCA